GAAAGAUUUUAUAUUGACAAUGACCUCCUCAUCCAUAUGGUGGAGGAACGUACACCGUUGUGGGACCACACCGACCGCCGCCAUGCAGACCAUCAUCUUACACGGCUCCUCUGGAACGAGAUCUGUGCGGCCAUUGUCCCCAACUGGGAUGACCUCCGAGAAAGGCAACAGGGCCAAUGCCGAGACACGAUCAUGGUUCGGUGGCGCUCAAUCAGGGACCGCUACAAGAAGGCCUUUAAUGAGGAACUUCGGCGCCCGAGUGGGUCAGGAGGAGCCUCAAGACACGUAUACCGCUAUUCUGCCGCCUUGGGGUUCCUACGAAGGACCCUUGAGAUGCGAAGAACAUCAAGCAGCACUCUUGCGCCCGAAGUUCCUCAGGAGGCGGUCCCUGAAGAGCAAGCCGCCGCGGGUCCCUCUCGCCCUGCUCCUACUGCUUGUCAGGAACACCAUGUUCCCCUACUUGUGCCCUCUGGCGACGUAACGAUGGCAACCAUGGCACCACUUUUUGAGGCCCUCAUGCGUCGCCAGAGGUCAGGUAGGAGCCGCCAGGCUAACUACGAAGACCUCACAAGGCUCAUGUAUGAGUCCUUGGCGGGGAUCACAAAUAGGGUUGCAUCUGUGGAGGAUCAUUCGCGUCGUCUUCAGGAGGGGGCGGUGUUGACGACACAAAUGAGUCCGAUGCAUCACUAUCUUGUGUCGUUGUUACCUGCGCUGGAACGCUUAUCACCCGACCAGCAGUAUGAGGCCAGAAGACAGAUGGACAGCGUUUUGUGGCAACUGGCACACCGCCCCACAACCAUUCCCCCAUCCUACUCCUAUCCCCCAUCCUUCACCUAUCCCCCAUCCCACACCUAUCCAACUUUACAGCCCCACCAGGCUCAGCAUUCCCACCCUCCCCCUCCCCACAACCCACCCCCAUCCCAAACCCCCGAGCUCUUUUCUCAAAGCUUUUCUUCUCCUCCUUCUUACUAUGCUCCUUCCUCUUUCACCACUCCCUCUACUCUUGCUCGGGAAACUCCUUCUCCUGCCCAAUCCAGUCUUCACACUCCCUCUGUGCCACUUGCAUCAACACGCACUUUGUUGUCCACAGUGGCAGAAGAACAACAGGAGAGAGUGGACCCAAACCAAUCACUUCCCUCCACCCCCCACCAUUUCCUCAAUUUGUAA